AAAGUAUAUCCAAUGUCUCCUUCCGUAUUUGAUUUGAUUUUAUUGAAUUUAUAGGGUUAAUUUUAGCACUUCUAGAAUAAAGAUUCUAAAAAUCAUUGAAAUAAUGUAAUGUUGCUGUGAAGAAUGCCAAUAUCAAGAUAAUACUAAAUAAAAUUAUUAUAUAUCUGGAGUCCAUGUAAUCCACUGUUUCUAAAGAGUUGUGCAUAAAAUGCAUUGCGGGUAUGCAGAUCCUUACUUCAGUGAUACUCCCAAACACAGGGGUCAUGACCUGGCAUUGUGGUUUUUCUCCCACGCGUUCAAAAAACAAGACUGCCAUGAAGAAAAGUUCCAGAUGCUGGUCAGGGACAUCGAGUCGGCACAUCCUGGCUUCAUCUUAUCUCCCAUUGUUGGGCUGACGUUUUUUAGAUGUAUACAUAUGAACCGCAAAGAUGUCAUUAUGGGGUUAAUAACUGAAGGUGCUGAUGUAAAUAUGAUGUUUCGAGGGCGGUGUAUGCUGCAUGAAGCUGUAAAAGUAUCAAAUGAAGAAAUGUUAAAAUUCCUUCUCUCCAUAAAAAACAUUGACAAAGAUGUAUGUGAUGUUGAGUGUAAAACACCCUUAAUGGAGGCUGCUUGCGGGAGACCAAAGUGUCUACGGAUCCUAUUAGAAGCCAACUGUGACAUGUUACUGACCGACUCCCACGGCGACACCGCUCUGCAUCAGACAUUCACAGCGACACAGGCUCGUCAGGGUGACAUCCUGGCAUGCCUGGAUCUGCUGCUGGAGUUUGGCGCGGAUAUCAACUCGGUGGGGGCGGAGGGCAAGACAUGCCUGCAGAAAGCUGUGGAGAUGAGCAGUUACUGGCUGGUGAAAUGGCUAAUCCUUCACAACUGUGAUCUCCAUGUCAGGGUUAGGAACUCUAGGUACAAUCUGGCUGCGACUGGUUAUAAAGUGCAGCAGGAUGAAACGCCGUUAAUUAUAGCGUUCAUCAAGGCGGAUCGUGUGAUGGUGGAGGUGUUGAUUGCUUGUGGAUGCAGUUUCAGACAUUACAGGUGGAUCUUGGAGUACUGUAAACCGUACGUUCUUCUGCAUAAAUAUUUAGUUGGCGCUUUUUUACGGGUGGAUUCUUUGCAGAGUAUGUGUCGUAGAAAAGUUCGAGAGUGUUUAACGACAAACAUUGUAGCGGAAUGUCAGGUUCUUGGGCUGCCGACAUCUAUACAGAAGUUUAUUUUGUGCCAGGAUGAGUUGAAUGCAUUGAAUAAUUUUGAAUAGCGGUUGAUAAGUGUUUUUUUUUUCUUGUGAUAUAAUCAUUGAGCUUUCAUUUUGUGAUAAGUUCCUAAAAAGUCGCUUAUGAUUUGUAAAAUAUUUUAGGAACCAUAUAAAUAUAUAUAUAUAUUAUUAUUACAUGUAAAUAACAUACGCAGUAGUAUACUAAUAUAGAGCUAAAUAUUUAUAUAUAUGUAUAGUGUAAUAUUCCUCCAAG